AUGUUGCGAGGUCUAUUCCUGUUGAUCAUAUCUGCUUUGUUAGUCGCUGGACACGCCAUGAUUCGAAAUGGUAUAGCGAAGACGAAGCUUAUUGAGGAAUAUCCGAGGGACUAUAUGGACUUGGUAAAGCAGGGAACGUUGAUGAGCAUUUUCAAACGUGAAAACCCAGAAAAAUACUACUGUGGUUGUCAGGGAUGUUAUCAUCCGUUAGCCCAAGUAUGCGCCUACUGUUGUGCAUUGAAUUUGUGA